AUGGACAGUGAAAGUGGUAGUGAAGGAGGAGAUUUUGACACUUUGUCUCCCAUCUAUAUGCCUAAUUUUAUCCUCUCGACGCUCUGGUCGUUGCUAGUUGUAGCAAUCUCGCCAUUGCUACUUCUCUGUGUGCCUUUCUUGAGACACAAAGGUUAUGGGUUUUGGCCGUUGGGGUGUCAUUCGAUCAAGGAACUCUUUUGCCGUGCAGUGACCAAUGUGAUCUUCAUGGUAUUUGGACUGUUGUUGCUGUAUUGGAAUAUUUGCCGAGAGUUUCCGAAUGUUUUUCUGGUGGAAAACGUGUUCAUAAAGCUGAAUGUGCAGAUUAAUGAAAUGAUACACUCAGCAAAUACAUGUCAUGCCGCGCUAUUGCAGUGGGAAACGGCUGUUUUACAGGAGUUGUGUAUGCCUGUGGGUAUUGAUGUCGUAUUUCUGAUGGUUAAUACAUAUCUGCUGCUACACUGUCACCGUCGAUGGGCUAGAUACCUUAUGGUUCUCAUGGCCGUGAUGUUUAUGGUGGAUAUACCUACGAAACUGUAUGACGCCACGUUUCCAGCUCCCGAGAUCCACAUGGUAGAUCCAAAUUUUGCCCUGGUUGAUGAAGAACUUUUGGUAGCUUUGGAUGGAAAGAAUCUGAAGCAUGGUGGAAGUGUUGCCUGGGUAGCGUAUUGGGGCUGCGCAAUUACAGCAAAUGUCGAUAUGUGUGACAAACAGUUCGUGUCUACGUUUGAGAAUGGAAACGUUGCUGUAACGUUUAAGUCACUCGACCAUUUUAUACCAUGCUAUCGAGACCCACCAAACCCGCUUAAGGCGCAGGACUACCAGUGUUUUGAGCAUGUCCGUAUUCGUGUGAAGGAAAAACAUAGCAUUCCUGGAUGGUCACGAUUGGCGACCCAGAUAGCGUCGGCAUCUGUGCCAUCGGUACGCAAUAAGUAUUUGGACAGCUUGGAGAUUCCAUUUUUCAAGCGUGAAAAAGAGUCACAACGCUUCGGAAUGAACGGCGGCCUUAUGAAGUUAACAAACAGCAAGCGUAGUCUGGCGACAUUUACGGAGGCAAUGAAAGCGGUCGAAGCUGACAUUUAUGCUUUUUCCACCCAACAUUUUUUGACGGAAAACGACGAACCGUCUGCGCUGGUGGAGGAGCCUGUGACGCUAGCUGAAGCAGAUACUGAAGAGAAUGAAAACAUAUUGUGGGGCUUACAAGAAAAUGAGUUGAAACGUGGCCUGUCUGAUACAGCCAAAGCUGUAGAGGAGGAACUGGCAGAAGUUGAAGUGACACCUGAUGCGAAAGUAAGAAUGUUCCACGCUAGUCGCGAAUCGGAUGUGGGUCAAAACGAAGAUGUUGCCCCCGAGUUGACUAAAACUGGCGAACUAGAAGAUCAGGAAGAAAAGAUGUAUGCGGUCUCUCCGGGCAACAAAAGGGAACCAGAAAGUCAAGCAGAUGUCAAAAGAGAAGCUGACACAAGAAGACAUGAGGCUUUUUCCGAAAAGGCAAGCUCGGCUGCAACUAUUGCACAGGAAUUACUGGAAAAGUUAGAUUCUAAGCAAGAAACAAGCAAGUCCGCUACUGUCCAAGUAAAGAGCACUUCUUCGCGGCCACACGAUAUCGUUGAUAAUCUUACACAGGCUGAGAUCAGCAAAAAGAAGCGAAACGCCAAACAAAAUCGUCAACUCACCAAAGAGUCUGGGCCAGCUAUCAAGGCCGCUGCCCCCGCAGAGUAA